GUUUCGAACGCUGCAGAUAUAAAAAAUGUCUACGCAUCCUUAUUAUGUGGAAGACACAAAAGAAAAAAAAAACUUGCGCGUUCCACCCUCAUCGCCACCACAACAUUCCAUCGGCGCUUCAGCCUCCCGUCGCCGCCUCACCCUCGCUGGUGCGCCGUCCUUCCGUCGCACACCACAGGAAACAGUAAAAAAUGGAGGUACCUGAAGUAAUAAUUUGAAGAUUUCAAAGUCAAUAUUAACAUGAAAUUUCUGCGCUUUUCUUCCGGAAACAAUGGCGACUGAUUUCUGGACAUCCACACACUACAAACAGUUAUUGGACCAAGAAGAGGUCGAUGUGGUGCACAGCCUUGACAAGGAAAGGGGAAUCACGCUCGAGGAUUUCAAACUCAUCAAGUUGCAUAUGACCAAUUAUAUUGUGCGAUUGGCUCAACAUGUGAAAGUGAGGCAAAGGGUUGUAGCAACUGCUGUAACGUACAUGAGACGUGCUUAUACGAGGAGAAGUAUGGUGGAAUAUGAUCCACGUUUAGUGGCACCAACGUGUCUAUACUUGGCAUCAAAAGCAGAAGAAAGCACAGUGCAAGCAAGGCUUCUUGUAUUUUACAUAAAAAAACUAUAUUCUGAUGAAAAGUAUCGAUAUGAAAUCAAAGAAAUCCUUGAAAUGGAAAUGAAAAUUUUAGAGGCACUAAAUUACUAUCUAGUUGUCUUCCAUCCUUAUCGUGCAUUGUCCCAGUUGCUUCAAGAUGCUGGGAUGAGUGAUGCAACUCAAAUGAUAUGGGGGCUAAUCAAUGACACAUAUAAAAUGGACCUAAUUCUGAUAUACCCACCACAUUUAAUUGCAUUAGCUUGCAUAUAUGUUGCAAGUAUGCUCAAAGAUAAAGACAACACAUCUUGGUUUGAACAGCUACGAGUUGACAUGAAUAUGGUGGAGAAAAUUGCAACGGAAAUACUAGAUUUUUAUGACUACCAUAAAACGAUAUCUGAGGAGAAAGUAAAUGCUGCCAUGCUAAAAUUAACGAUGCGGAUGUAGACUUAAUUAAUUAAUUAACUACUUAUUUAUCUGUAACAAAAUUAGGAUAGGGUUUUUAAGGGAUUGUAGAUUUGAAUGUAAUAUCAUGUGUUUAUAUGUUGCUUCAAGUUUAGUGAACAAUGUGACAAUAUUAGUGAUAAAAUUUAGUGUACCAUGUAUUGUAACAAUGUAUAAAAGUUGGCAUAGAACAAUGUAACAAUAUUAGUGUUUCUACUA